AUGGAAAUCGACGCUCUCAUGAGAGAACGCGAAGACCGCCUCGGUCUUCGAGAUUUAGCCCUCGAAAAAGAGAGUGAAAGGGAGGAUGAAAUCAAUGCACUGGAACAAGAGCGACAGGAAUUGGAACUACGAUUGUUUGAGAUGGAAGAAAGGGUUAUUGAAGCCCAGCAGGAAAGAGAAAGAUAUCAAGCACUUGCACAGCUAGCGCAAAAUGAUGCUGAUCGACUUGAGGAUGAAAUAAUCGUGAGAAUCAAUGCUAUGGAAAAUGAAGAAGAAAACAACGACGAGGGUUUCGUAGAGGUGGAUGAAGAUUUGGAUGAUCUGAGCGACGAAGAGAAUGCUGAUUGA